CCCCGCAGCGGAGGCGAGCCGCGAGUUGGCUGCGGAGGUCCUGCAAGCUCUCUGAGUGCCAAGCAGUGAAUUAUGGGCUGGAUUGCCACCAGUUCACCAUGAAGAUUGGCUUCACUUUUGCCCUCCCAAGGAUCACGUACUUUAUGAAUUCACUUUCUCUUCCACCUCACUGCCACCUCCGUCAGUAUUGUCAUCCCUUCUAGGAAACCAGAAUCUGAGGCUUGGGCUUUAUCCCGGCCUUUCCUCCCUCCCAGGAACAACCAGUGUCACCUUUGUGUUCUACCAAAACAAACCACCGUGGGUUCUUUUGCCCUUCAUGAAAGUACACCGGCUGGAGAAGUACCUUCAUAUACCCUGUACUUCUGAGAUAAAGGCCUCUGGAUCCUAAAGGAUAAUUGAGAUCUUUGCUUGGAGAGGAGACACUUCUUCUCAGUCACGUGCCCUUGCUAUCUCUCUUUCCACCUGCUCUCCCUCCCUCUGUCAAUCUGUGCUCUCCUUCUCUUCCCGUUGGAUUUAACAGAUUCAGUGUUGACUGCUGGGGUUCUCCUCACAGUAGUGUGGCUUUUGUUUUUCUCCUAGUGAAGAGCAGAUUCUUGAAACGAUGGGCUUCACCCUCCACUCCAUCUACUUCACUUUGAAGGUGAGUUUGCUGCUGGGCUCCUUGCUGGGUCUCUGUUUGGGUCUGGAGUUCAUGGGCGUCCCCAACCAGUGGGCCCGCUACCUCCGCUGGGAUGCCAGCACUAGGAGUGAACUCAGCUUCCAGUUCAAGACCAACGUCUCCGCUGGGCUGCUUCUCUACUUUGAUGACGGUGGUGUCUGUGACUUCCUCUGUCUGUCCCUUGUCGAUGGGCGCAUCCAGCUGCAGUUCAGUGUGGACUGUGCAGAGACUACAGUUAUCACAGACAAGCAGGUCAACGACAGCAACUGGCACUUCCUGAUGGUCAGCCGCAAUCACCUUCGGACAGUGCUAGUGCUGGACGGUGAAGCCAAGCCAGGUGAGGUGCGUCCCCAGCGCCAGUAUAUGAAUAUCGUCAGCGACCUUUUUGUGGGUGGAGUCCCACUGGACAUCCGUCCUGCUGCCUUGACCCUUGAUGGCGUUCUGAGUGAGCCUCCGUUUCAAGGAUUUAUCCUGGAUCUGAAAUACGGCAACUCUGAGCCGCAGCUCCUGGGCAGUCAAGGGGUCCGACUGGAAAUGGAAGGGCUCUGCGCAGAAAACCCCUGUGAAAAUGGUGGCACUUGCUUUCUUCUGGAUGGCGAGCCACACUGUGACUGCUCAGCCACUGGGUAUGCUGGCAAACUGUGUUCUGAAGAUGUCAAUCAUAUUCCAGGCCUCUCACACCUGAUGAUGGGUGAACAAGGUAGAAGUAAAGCGCGAGAUGAGAACAUGGCCACUUUCCGUGGUUCUGAAUACCUUUGCUAUGACCUGUCUCAAAACCCCAUCCAGAGCAGCAGCGAUGAGAUCACUCUGUCCUUCAAGACGUGGCAACGCAACGGGCUCAUUCUGCACACCGGCAAGUCUGCUGAUUAUGUCAACCUGGCCCUCAAAGAUGGCGCGGUCUCGCUGGUCAUUAACCUGGGGUCUGGGGCCUUCGAGGCCAUUGUGGAGCCUGUCAAUGGCAAAUUCAAUGACAACGCGUGGCACGACGUUAAGGUGACGCGCAACUUGCGGCAGCACUCAGGCAUUGGACACGCUAUGGUAAACAAACUACAUUGUCUGGUGACCAUCUCUGUGGAUGGCAUCCUUACCACCACGGGCUAUACACAGGAGGACUACACCAUGCUGGGCUCAGAUGACUUCUUCUACGUGGGAGGGAGCCCCAGUACUGCUGACUUACCUGGCUCUCCAGUAAGCAACAACUUCAUGGGUUGCCUCAAAGAGGUUGUUUAUAAGAAUAACGAUAUUCGUCUGGAGCUGUCUCGCUUGGCACGGAUUGGUGAUACUAAGAUGAAGAUCUAUGGGGAAGUGAAGUUUGUAUGUGAGAAUGUGGCUACACUGGAUCCCAUCAGCUUUGAGACACCUGAGGCCUAUAUUAGUCUGCCCAAAUGGAAUACCAAAAGGAUGGGCUCCAUCUCGUUUGAUUUCCGAACCACUGAACCCAAUGGGCUGAUACUUUUCACCCAUGGCAAGCCUCAGGAGAGGAAAGACGCCAGGAGCCAGAAAAAUACAAAGGUAGACUUCUUUGCAGUUGAGCUUCUAGACGGGAACCUCUACUUGUUGCUGGACAUGGGCUCUGGGACCAUUAAAGUCAAGGCCACCCAGAAGAAAGCCAAUGAUGGAGAGUGGUAUCAUGUGGAUAUUCAACGAGAUGGAAGAUCAGGUACUAUAUCAGUGAACAGCAGACGCACCCCAUUCACCGCUAGUGGGGAGAGCGAGAUCUUAGAUCUGGAAGGCGACAUGUACCUGGGUGGGCUGCCAGAGAACCGGGCAGGACUCAUCCUUCCCACAGAGCUCUGGACAGCAAUGCUGAACUACGGCUAUGUUGGCUGUAUCCGAGACUUGUUCAUCGACGGACGAAGCAAGAACAUCCGGCAGCUGGCAGAGGCACAGAACGCAGCAGGAGUUAAGUCCUCCUGCUCCCGCCUGAGCACCAAGCAAUGCGACAGCUACCCGUGUAAGAAUAAUGCAGUCUGCAAGGAUGGCUGGAACCGCUUCAUUUGUGACUGCACUGGCACUGGCUAUUGGGGUAGAACGUGUGAGCGAGAGGCCUCUAUCUUGAGCUAUGAUGGCAGCAUGUACAUGAAGAUCAUCAUGCCUAUGGUCAUGCAUACAGAAGCAGAAGAUGUGUCCUUCCGUUUCAUGUCACAGCGCGCCUAUGGGCUGUUGAUGGCGACCACCUCACGAGAUUCUGCUGAUACUCUGCGCCUGGAGCUGGACGGAGGCCGUGUCAAACUUAUGGUCAAUUUAGACUGUAUCAGGAUAAACUGUAACGCCAGCAAGGGACCUGAAACUCUUUAUGCUGGGCAGAAACUCAAUGACAACGAGUGGCACACUGUUCGAGUCGUUCGGCGUGGAAAAAGCCUUAAGCUGAUGGUGGAUGAUGAUGUUGCUGAGGGCACAAUGAUUGGUGAUCACACACGUUUGGAGUUCCACAACAUCGAGACAGGGAUCAUGACGGAGAAACGUUACAUCUCUGUCAUCCCUUCCAGCUUCAUUGGCCACCUCCAAAGCCUCAUGUUCAAUGGGAUGCUUUACAUUGACCUCUGCAAGAAUGGUGACAUUGACUAUUGUGAGCUGAAGGCACGCUUUGGUCUCCGCAACAUUAUAGCUGACCCUGUGACAUUCAAGACCAAGAGUAGCUACCUGAGCUUGGCCACCUUGCAGGCUUACACAUCCAUGCACCUCUUCUUUCAGUUCAAGACCACUUCAGCUGAUGGUUUCAUCCUCUUUAACAGCGGUGAUGGAAAUGACUUCAUUGCAGUUGAACUAGUCAAGGGGUAUAUACAUUAUGUGUUUGACCUUGGAAAUGGACCUAAUGUUAUCAAAGGCAACAGUGACCGUCCUCUCAAUGACAACCAAUGGCACAAUGUUGUCAUCACCAGAGAUAACAGUAAUACACACAGCCUAAAGGUGGAUACUAAGGUGGUCACUCAGGUUAUCAACGGUGCCAAAAAUCUGGAUCUUAAAGGUGAUCUCUACAUUGCUGGCCUAGCUCAAGGCAUGUAUAGCAACCUCCCAAAGCUAGUGGCCUCACGUGAUGGAUUUCAGGGCUGUCUAGCAUCUGUGGACUUGAACGGACGUCUGCCUGAUCUAAUCAAUGAUGCUUUGCACCGCAGUGGGCAGAUUGAGCGUGGAUGCGAAGGACCAAGCACUACCUGCCAGGAAGAUUCCUGUGCAAAUCAGGGCAUCUGUAAUCAGCAGUGGGAAGGUUUUACCUGUGAUUGCUCCAUGACAUCGUAUUCUGGAAGCCAGUGCAAUGACCCUGGUGCCACAUAUAUAUUUGGGAAGAGUGGAGGUCUCAUCUUGUACACCUGGCCAGCUAAUGACAGACCAAGCACAAGGACAGACCGUCUUGCUGUGGGCUUCAGCACAACAGUGAAGGAUGGCAUUCUUGUGAGGAUUGACAGUGCCCCUGGGCUUGGUGACUUUCUGCAACUGCACAUAGAGCAAGGCAAGAUCGGUGUGGUCUUCAAUAUUGGUACAGUGGACAUCUCUAUUAAAGAGGAAAGCACACCUGUAAAUGAUGGCAAAUACCACGUGGUGCGCUUUACCAGGAACGGUGGCAAUGCCACUCUUCAGGUUGACAGCUGGCCAGUGAAUGAACACUACCCGACAGGGAACACUGAUAGUGAACGGUUCCAAAUGGUAAAACAGAAAAUCCCCUUCAAAUAUAACCGGCCCGUAGAGGAGUGGCUGCAGGAAAAAGGACGACAGUUAACGAUCUUCAACACCCAGGCGCAAAUAGCCAUAGGAGGGAAGGACAGAGGGCGUCUCUUCCAAGGCCAGCUCUCCGGUCUCUAUUACAAUGGCUUGAAAGUGCUGAACAUGGCAGCAGAGAACAACCCCAACAUUAAAAUCAAUGGAAGUGUCCGACUAGUUGGGGAAGUCCCUUCCAUCUUGGGAACAACACCCACAACCUCCGUACCACCAGAAAUGUCUACUACAGUCAUGGAAACCACAACUACAAUGGCCACCACUACAACCCGAAAAAAUCGUUCACCACCCAGCAUCCAGACAACAGAUGACAUUGUUUCAUCAGCCGAAUGUUCCAGUGAUGAUGAAGACUUCAUUGACUGUGAACCCAGUACAGGUAAGUCAGGAGGUGAAUUAGUUAUCCCUCUACUUGUAGAAGACCCUUUAGAUAUCCCUCCUAUUGCUACUCGUGCACCUUUCAUUACACUUUCCCCUACCUUUCGCCCCCUCCUCACCAUUAUUGAGACCACCAAAGAUUCCCUGUCCAUGACCUCUGAGGCGGGGUUACCUUGCUUGUCGGACCAAGGCAGCGAUGGUUGUGAUGAUGAUGGCUUGGUGAUAUCUGGGUAUGGCUCAGGGGAAACCUUUGACUCUAACCUACCCCCUACUGAUGAUGAAGAUUUUUACACCACCUUCUCCUUGGUAACAGAUAAGAGUCUUUCCACUUCAAUCUUCGAAGGUGGCUACAAAGCACACGCACCCAAGUGGGAAUCCAAGGACUUUAGACCUAACAAAGUCUCCGAAACUGGUAGGACUACUACCACGUCUUUGUCCCCUGAGCUGAUCCGCUCCACAGCUUCGUCCUCGACUGGGAUGGUGCCCAAAUUGCCAGCCGGCAAAAUGAAUAACCGUGAGCUCAAACCCCAGCCUGACAUAGUCUUGCUUCCGUUGCCCACUGCCUAUGAGCUAGACAGCACAAAGCUGAAGAGCCCGCUAAUCACUUCCCCCAUGUUCCGUAAUGUGCCCACAGCAAACCCCACGGAGCCAGGAAUCAGACGGGUUCCGGGGGCCUCAGAGGUGGUCCGCGAGUCGAGCAGCACAACGGGGAUGGUCGUCGGCAUUGUGGCUGCUGCUGCCCUCUGCAUCCUCAUCCUCCUGUACGCCAUGUACAAGUACAGGAACAGGGACGAGGGGUCCUAUCAGGUGGACGAGACGCGGAACUACAUCAGCAACUCAGCCCAGAGCAACGGCACGCUCGUGAAGGAGAAGCAGCAGAGUUCAAAGAGCGGCCACAAGAAACAGAAAAACAAGGACAAAGAGUAUUAUGUGUAAAAAAGAAUACUUAUUU